AUGCCCAAAGAUUCAAAGUUAUCAUCAUCAUCCACACUCACUUCAAGACACAUUAAAAAUCCAAGAGUCUUUUUUGAUAUUGCGAUCGGAGAUGAAAAUGUAGGAAGAAUAAUUAUGAAAUUAUAUAAACAUAUUGUUCCGAAGACUGCUGAGAAUUUUAGAUGUCUUUGCACUGGAGAAAAGGGUAUUGGAAAAGAAACUAAAAAGCCUCUUCAUUUCAAAGGAACUCUCUUUCAUAGAGUGGUUCCCGGUUUUAUCAUUCAAGGUGGUGAUUUCUCAGAAUUUAAUGGAACUGGAGGAGAAUCAAUAUAUGGAGGAUAUAUGGAAGACGAAAACUUUAUUUUGAAACAUUCUAGGCCAGGUUUAUUAUCGGCAGCUAAUGCCGGAAAAGAUACUGUUGGAUCACAAUUUUUCAUAACACUCUCCUCUGAUUUAGAUUAUCUUGAUGGAAAGCACGUCGUGUUUGGAAGAGUUAUUGAAGGAAUGGAUAUUGUUAAAAAGAUUGAAAAUGUCAAAAUAUCAGAGGACAAAAACCGACCAUUGGAAGAGGUUAUUAUCAAGAAUUGUGGAGAAUUGAAAUUAAAGAAGCGAGAACCUAAGAAGAAAAAGGAAGCUUCUAAGGAAGAAAGCAGUAACAAAUCGUCGUCGCCACCAAAAUAUCAUUCUAGGGAAUUCAGAUAUGAACCUAGUGAUACAUAUGAACGACGAGACUAUUAUGAUAAUCGAUAUGUUCCCUAUAGGGGUUCAAGAAAUUAUAGAGAUGACAGAUACGUUAAGGGAAGAGGUAGUCGAAAAUAUAAUGAUUAA